AUGGACCGAGCGGCGGCAGAGUUGGAAUGGGGCUUGAGGUUGGAGGAGGGCGGCGACCACCGUCGACAAGCAGAAGAGUUGGAGACAAACCUCACUCUUGGGCCGAGUCAGCAUGAGGAGCCAGGCUAUCUCCUUAGAGAAGUGGGCCAUGCCACUCAAGCCCAAUACCAUCACAUGAAUGAGGCCUUAGAAGAAUUCUGA